AUGAGAGGAUUCGGCGAGGGAAAGGGAGUGGGCGGAGGAGGGUUGAGGAGGCAGGGAAGCGGGGUGGUGGGGGGGUUGCGGAGGGAGGGAGGUGCGGGGCUGCGGCGGGCGGGAAGCGGACUGCAUGCGGGCAUGCGCACCACGAGUGACGUCAUGGCGCAGAUGCGGGGGGUUUCCGCGGGGGGAGGCGGGGGAGGGGGCGGGGGAGGGGGCGGGGGAGGAGGCGGGGGAGCGGCGGGCAGGCGCGGGUUUGGAGGGGAGACGGAUUGUUCUGCGUGCAAGCUGAUUGCGCUGUAUGGGGCGACUGGGCAGGAGAUUCACCGGGUCGUUAGAGGGCAUGUUGGAGAUGAGCAGGGUGCGCACUCGCCUCAUGGUGGCGGCUCAGGAGGCGCAUCCGGUACCACUAGUGCUAAGCCAGGGUCGCUAGAAGGCAUGUUAGAGAUGAGCAGUGCUCGCACGCGCCUCAUGGUGGCGGCACAGGAGGUGCUGGAGGCUCAGACGCGCCUGGGCAUGCACAGCGUGUCUACCGCUGUGGGAGAGAAGGCUGCUUCUGGGGGAGGUGGAGCUGGAAAGGGAGAGAAGGGGGGAGGCGGGAAGGGAGCGGGUAAUGAGGGUGGUGGUGGUGGGGGGGGUGGGGGUGCGAUGAUAGGUGGCGGUGGUGGUGAUGGGAGUAGGAAGAAGGCUGGGGGAUUUGCAGGGCUGAUGCGGACAAGCAGUAAUGCGGCGUCGGGUGGAGGAGGGGGUGGUGGGGGAGGGAUGAAGGGCAUGGGGUUGGGGAUGAAGGGCAUGGGGCUGGGCGGGCUAAUGCGAACCAGCAGCAAUGCCGGUAGCAGCAGCACUGGUGGCAGCAGUGGUGGUGGUGGGGUUGGGUUGGGGCUGGUUCGGACAAGCAGCAGUGCGGCCAAGGAAGCAGGCUCUGCUGGUGGUGGCGGAUUCGGGGGAGGCGGAUUUGGGGGAGGUGGAUUUGGUCUGCCUGCAAGCAAGUCUACGGGUGUUGCUGGGGGCUUUUCUCGAUCCAGCAGCACUGCUUCCCCUUUCGGAGGAGGCAGUGGUGGUGGUGGCAGCAACAGUGGUGGUGGAUAA